AUGUCAAAUGAAGAAUAUUAUGAGGAUGAUCCAUAUGGAUUUGAAGACGAGAGUGCCCCAAUUACAGCAGAAGAUUCCUGGGCUGUAAUCUCUUCCUUUUUCAGGGAAAAAGGUUUAGUAUCACAACAAUUGGAUUCAUUCAACCAAUUCGUUGAUUACACUUUACAAGAUAUCAUAUCAGAAGAUUCAACACUUAUAUUAGAACAAUUAGCACAACAUACCACCGAGGCUGAUAAUAUCAGUAGAAAAUAUGAGAUUAGUUUUGGUAAAAUUUAUGUUACUAAACCAAUGGUUAAUGAAUCUGAUGGUGUUACUCAUGCUUUAUAUCCACAAGAAGCUCGUUUACGUAAUCUAACGUAUUCAUCUGGUCUUUUCGUAGAUGUAAGGAAGAGAACUUACGAAGCCGUUGACGUUCCUGGUAGAGACUUAAAAUAUGAAUUAAUUGCUGAAGAAUCCGAAGAUGAUAGUGAAAGUGGUAAAGUCUUUAUUGGUCGUUUACCAAUCAUGUUAAGAUCUAAGAAUUGUUACUUAAGUGAUGCUACCGAAUCUGAUUUAUACAAAUUGAAAGAAUGUCCAUUUGAUAUGGGUGGUUAUUUCAUUAUUAAUGGUUCUGAAAAAGUUUUAAUCGCUCAAGAACGUUCUGCAGGUAAUAUUGUCCAAGUUUUCAAGAAAGCUGCACCAUCUCCAAUAUCUCAUGUUGCAGAAAUUAGAUCUGCCCUAGAAAAAGGUUCAAGAUUUAUUAGUACUUUACAAGUUAAAUUAUAUGGUCGUGAAAGUAGUUCAUCCCGUACAAUUAAGGCGACACUUCCUUAUAUUAAACAAGAUAUUCCUAUUGUCAUUAUCUUUAGAGCCCUUGGUAUUAUUCCAGAUGGUGAAAUCUUAGAACAUAUUUGUUACGAUGUCAAUGACUGGCAAAUGUUAGAAAUGUUAAAACCUUGUGUUGAAGAUGGUUUCGUUAUUCAAGAUCGUGAAACAGCUUUAGAUUUUAUUGGUCGUCGUGGUACUGCAUUGGGUAUUAAAAAGGAAAAAAGAAUUCAAUAUGCUAAAGACAUUUUACAAAAAGAAUUUUUACCUCAUAUUACUCAAUUAGAAGGUUUUGAAAGUAGAAAAGCUUUCUUCCUUGGUUAUAUGAUUAAUAGAUUAUUGCUUUGUGCAUUAGAUCGUAAAGAUCAAGAUGAUCGUGAUCAUUUCGGUAAAAAGAGAUUAGAUCUUGCUGGUCCUCUAUUAGGUCAACUUUUCAAAACUUUAUUCAGAAAAUUAACAAAAGAUAUAUUCCGUUAUAUGCAAAGAACAGUGGAAGAAGCCAAUGAUUUCAAUAUGAAAUUAGCUAUCAAUGCUAAAACAAUCACUUCUGGUUUGAAGUAUGCUCUUGCUACUGGUAAUUGGGGUGAACAGAAGAAAGCUAUGUCUUCAAGAGCUGGUGUCUCUCAAGUUUUAAAUCGUUAUACUUAUUCGUCCACAUUAUCACAUUUAAGAAGAACUAAUACUCCUAUUGGUCGUGACGGUAAAUUGGCUAAACCACGUCAAUUACAUAAUACUCAUUGGGGUUUAGUUUGUCCUGCUGAAACUCCUGAAGGUCAAGCUUGUGGUUUAGUUAAGAACCUUUCCUUAAUGUCUUGUAUUUCUGUCGGAACAGAUCCAAUGCCGAUUAUUACCUUCUUAAGUGAAUGGGGUAUGGAACCUCUGGAAGAUUAUAUCCCACAUCAAUCUCCUGAUGCUACAAGAGUUUUCGUUAAUGGUGUCUGGCAUGGUGUUCACAGAAAUCCUGCUAGAUUGAUGGAAACUUUAAGAACUUUAAGAAGAAAAGGUGAUAUUAACCCUGAAGUUUCUAUGAUUAGAGAUAUUCGUGAAAAGGAAUUGAAGAUUUUCACUGAUGCUGGUAGAGUUUACAGACCAUUAUUUAUUGUUGAAGAUGAUGAAGCUCUUGGACAUAAAGAAUUGAAGGUUAGAAAAGGUCACAUCAAUAAAUUAAUGGCAACUGAAUAUCAAGAUAUUGAAGGUGGUUUUGAAGAUUCAGAAGAAUAUACUUGGACUUCUUUGUUAAAUGAAGGUUUAGUUGAGUAUAUUGAUGCUGAAGAAGAAGAAACUAUAUUAAUUGCUAUGCAACCUGAAGAUCUUGAACCAAUGGGAGAGGAAGAAGAAACUCAAAACGAUACUGCAAUGGACCCAGCUAAACGUAUUAAGGCUACUCAAAAUGCAACAACUUUCACACAUUGUGAAAUUCACCCAUCAAUGAUUCUUGGUGUUGCUGCAUCUAUUAUUCCAUUCCCAGAUCACAACCAAUCUCCACGUAAUACUUAUCAAUCCGCUAUGGGUAAACAAGCAAUGGGUGUGUUCUUAACAAACUUCAACGUUCGUAUGGAUACAAUGGCAAAUAUUCUGUACUAUCCUCAAAAACCAUUAGGCACCACCCGUGCUAUGGAAUACCUAAAAUUCAGAGAAUUACCUGCUGGUCAAAAUGCUAUCGUAGCAAUUGCAUGUUAUUCUGGUUAUAACCAAGAAGAUUCUAUGAUUAUGAAUCAAUCUUCAAUUGAUAGAGGUUUAUUCAGAUCUUUAUUCUUUAGAUCAUAUAUGGAUCAAGAAAAGAAAUAUGGUAUGUCGAUCACAGAAACCUUUGAAAAACCACAUCGUACAAAUACAUUAAGAAUGAAACAUGGAACUUACGAUAAAUUAGAUGAUGAUGGUCUAAUCGCACCUGGUGUAAGAGUAUCUGGUGAAGAUAUCAUUAUAGGUAAAACCACUCCAAUUUCACCAGAUGAAGAAGAAUUAGGUCAAAGAACAGCAUACCAUUCUAAACGUGAUGCUUCUACUCCAUUGAGAAGUACUGAAAAUGGUAUAGUUGAUCAAGUCUUAAUUACAACAAAUCAAGAUGGUCUAAAAUUUGUUAAAGUUCGUGUCAGAACGACAAAGGUUCCUCAAAUUGGUGACAAGUUUGCUUCGCGUCACGGUCAAAAAGGUACUAUUGGUAUUACUUACCGUAGAGAAGAUAUGCCAUUUACAGCGGAUGGUAUUGUACCAGAUUUAAUUAUAAACCCUCAUGCUAUCCCAUCACGUAUGACAGUGGCACAUUUAAUUGAAUGCUUAUUGAGUAAAGUGGCUGCCCUUUCUGGUAAUGAAGGUGAUGCUUCUCCAUUUACUGAUAUUACUGUUGAAGGUAUAUCGAAAUUAUUACGUGAACAUGGUUAUCACUCUCGUGGUUUUGAAGUCAUGUACAAUGGACAUACGGGUAAAAAAUUAAUGGCACAAAUAUUUUUUGGUCCUACCUAUUACCAACGUUUGAGACAUAUGGUAGAUGAUAAGAUCCAUGCAAGGGCUCGUGGUCCAAUGCAAGUCUUAACUAGACAACCUGUUGAGGGUAGAUCAAGAGAUGGUGGUUUAAGAUUUGGUGAAAUGGAACGUGAUUGUAUGAUUGCACAUGGUGCUGCAGCUUUCUUAAAGGAAAGAUUAAUGGAAGCUUCAGAUGCCUUUAGAGUUCAUAUUUGUGGUAAUUGUGGUUUAAUGUCAGUUAUUGCUAAAUUAAGUCAUAACCAAUUUGAAUGUAAAGGUUGUAACAACAAGAUCGACAUUUAUCAAAUUCAUAUUCCAUACGCUGCCAAAUUGCUAUUCCAAGAACUGAUGGCAAUGAACAUUACCCCACGUCUAUUUACUGAUCGUUCUAGAGAUUUUUAG